GGCUGGUCUGACCACGUCUCUAACAUGCUUAGAGACUUAUGCUUUCAUUACUUUGUAGUUUUGCAAUCCCUAAAUCAUGGUAAUGCAAGUUAAAUCCGUAAACGCUGUGCUGUCUUACCAUUUUUAUAAGUAAGGAAACAGAGCUCCAGACAAGAGAUAAAGAGUAUCUUGCCCAGACCCGUUGAAUUCAGACCUUGUUUCUGACUCCGAAUCCUGCUCUGUAUCCACUGUUCAGCCCUUGAGCCAAGAUGAGAAAGUCUCCUUGAACCUAGUUAGUUUUGAAACUGUUUCCUCCAACCCUUGAUACUAACCCACAUUAGUCUCCAUCCUUGCCUUUUCAAAGUCUGGAGACGUGGACUUCACAAUUCUUAGAUUCACUCCCUACCUACAGCCAGUCCCUGUGCCCGAUAACUUUUUAAAAUGUAUUUUUGGGUGAAAAAGAGGCUUGGAAUGUGUGGAUCCUUGGGGCUGCUGUCGGAAUUGCUAGACCAUCUGCUCAGUAACAAUAAAGAUUCCUGAGUAGUUGGUCCAGUUGGUUACUCAGCCCUAGCCAUCUCUGCAGAGCAAGGGACCUGACUGCUGCACCAGACCUGAUUUAUGGUCUGCAUUAUGUCUGGAGCCAGCAAUAAGCUUGCUGUUUUCCUCGGCGGCUGUUUCAUAGUUGCCCUGGGAGUCUACGGCAGGGAGCAUUCUGUGCCUGAGCAUUAUGUGGCCGCCGUGUAUGAACACCAGUCCAUCUUGAGUCCCAACCCUCUAGCUCUCACCACUCGCAAGCAGGCCUUGGAGCUAAUGAACCAGAACCUCGACAUCUAUGAAGAGCAAGUGAUGAAUGCAGCCCAAAAGCGUGUACAGAUUAUAGUGUUUCCAGAAGAUGGCAUUCAUGGAUUCAACUUUACAAGAACAUCCAUUUACCCCUUUUUGGACUUCAUGCCAUCUCCCCAGUUGGUGAGGUGGAACCCAUGCCUCGAGCCCCAUCGUUUCAAUGACACAGAGGUCCUCCAGCGCCUGAGUUGUAUGGCUAUCAAGGGAGAGAUGUUCCUGGUGGCCAAUCUCGGGACAAAGCAGCCUUGUUACAGCAGUGACCCAGGGUGCCCUAACGAUGGGAGGUACCAGUUUAAUACCAAUGUCGUGUUCAGUGAUAAUGGAACCCUUGUUGACCGCUACCGCAAGCACAACCUCUACUUUGAGGCAGCUUUUGAUACCCCUCUCAAAGUGGAUCACAUCAUCUUCGAUACCCCCUUUGCUGGCAAGUUUGGCGUCUUCACUUGCUUUGACAUAUUGUUCUUUGACCCUACCAUCAGACUCAUCAGAGACUCUGAAGUGAAGCACGUGGUGUUUCCAGCUGCCUGGAUGAACCAGCUCCCGCUCUUGGCAGCUAUUCAGAUUCAACAAGCUUUUGCUGUUGCCUUUGGCAUCAAUGUGCUGGCAGCCAACAUCCACCACUCAUCUCUGGGGAUGACAGGGAGUGGCAUACACACCCCUUUGAAGUCCUUUUGGUACCAUGAUAUGGAAAACCCCCAAGGACACCUCAUAAUUGCCCAGAUAGCCAAAAAUCCAAUAGGUCUCAUUGCUACAGAGAAUGCAACAGGUAGAAUUGAUCCAUCCCAUAGUAAGUUUUUAAAAAUCUUGGCAGGUGAUCCAUACUGUGAGAAGGAUGCUCAGGAAGUCCAUUGUGAAGAAGCCACCAAAUGGAACAUGGACACACUUCCCACAUUUUACUCUGAGAUGAUGUAUGACAAUUUCACCCUGGUCCCUAUAUGGGGAAAGGAAGGCUUUCUCCACGUGUGUGCAAAAGACCUCUGCUGUUAUUUACUUUACCAGAGGCCUGAACUGUCCAAAGAGCUCUAUGCCCUGGGUGUCUUUGAUGGCCUUCACACGGUGCAUGGCACUUACUACAUUCAAGUUUGUGCCCUGGUCAAGUGUGGGGGUCUUGGCUUUGACACCUGUGGGCAAGAGAUCUCAGAGGCCACAGGAAUAUUUGACUUUCAUCUGUGGGGGAACUUCAGUACUUCCUACAUCUUUCCUUUGCUCCUAACUUCUGGGAUGACCCUGGAAGUCCCCGGGCAGCUCGGCUGGGAGAAUGACCACUAUUUCCUGAGGAAAAGUGGACUGUCCUCUGGCCUAGUGACCGCAGCUCUCUAUGGGCGGCUGUAUGAGAGGGAUUAGGGAAGUGUGGGGCUUGUGGAGCAGACUGAGCCUUGACUUCCACAGGCCAGAGAUCACGAAGGCUGGGAACACCUCUGCCCAAAAGGCAGUGCCCAUUUCUGGGGCACCAGAUCCCACCCUGGGAACUAAGGGAAGAAGUAGGAGAGACAGAUUCUCUCCAUGUCUCUUCCUCUUAAACAUGAAUUACUGAGACAUUUUCUGGCAUUUUCUACUCAUGUUUUUCUUUUUCAAGCCACAUCUUCCUCCAGCAUCUCUCUCAGUACAGAUUGAUUUUAAGAGCUAGAACAAAAAUAAAUGCCGAUUUAUAUAUUACACA